AUGCAAGUGAAUGAAGAUAAAAUUUCUGAUGUUAAUGCGUCAUUUCAGGACAGGUAUAAAGCAAUAAAUUAUAAUAGUGUUUUAAUUUAUACCAUUGUUUACCCAUUAAAUGUUUAUCAGUUUAUUUAGAAUUGUAUGUUUGUAAGUAUUCAUUUUUCAUAUAUUGUAGUUUUGUUGGUGAGCAAGACUUUUCUGUGAGGAGGGAAGGAAACACCUCUAUAUUCUCAGAUGAUGAAGGAGAUUCUGAAGAAACUAUUUCUGUGGAAAGUUUUGGGUACUAUCAUGUUAUCAUCAUAGUAAUUGAAUUUUAGGAUUGUGAGAUACUGUAUACUGGCUAUAUCAUGUACAGUAUAUCAAAAUUUAUACAAUGGGUUCAUGGUGCCUGCAUUGACAUGAAUGGGUCUUUGGCAAGCUGAACUGCAAGAGUACACAUUGACCAAUUAGAAAGCUAAUAUGUUUGGGCAAACACCAUGGAUUAAACCUGAUUUAACCUAUUUUUACAGGCAGCAUGACCUUACCAGUUCAGCAAUUGAGUUGCUAGAUGAUGAAGAAAUUCUUGAUGAAAAUAAGUAAGUAAUUUUGAAUGUAUUGUUUAUUUUUGUUCUUUAUUAAUUAAUGAAAUAUAAAAUAACAGAAAUCCUAUUAGUGAAAUUCUAUUAGUGAUUUGGUGUGGCUUGUUACUUAAAAUAUCACACUUGUAUCAAGACUGAUUCUCUUCAGGCCUUUUGAUGGUACAUAUUUUAGAGUAUUGGCUGGGGGGUGGGGUCCUACUUGAGAUAGGGAAUCAUAGAGUAUAAAAUUAUCUGCUGUUAGAUAGGGUAAAUAGUAAAUACUAAGUACAAUAUGGUGCAUUUGGGUGCAUUGCCUGCUGAUGGUUAACAAUAGACAUUAGCAGAUGGGUUUGUUAACCCAUUUGCUAUUAACGGUUGGUGGGUUAAUUAAUAGUAAAAUGUGCCAUACGUUAGUAUUUUAUCUAAUGCCAUUGCCAGAUGAUUUUCCUUGUCAGUGAUAGAGCACUGGCAGUAGAUAUUAAACAAAUUAGUGUGAAUAACUUAGUACAUCAUUCAAUACAUGAGAGUGGCCUUAUUUUAGAGAGGCUUAAUAGAGAGAUUGUAUAAGUUUUGAUAUUGAUGCAUUGAAAUUUGUUGCCAUUGAAAGAUUAUUUAACUCUAGCAAUUUUUAUUGACAGGGAAAUUGAUGAAUUGGCCUACUGGCACUACGAUGAUUUUGAUGAGUUUGACCCUGAUGAUCAUGAGGUGCAAAUCGAUGAUUCUGUUCCAGAAGAUGAUGGUGAAGCUACCGAGAACAAGAGCAGUGUUGAGUUUGGACCACACCCAAAGUUCACUCGAGGGUAUGAGAAGUAUGCCCUGGAAAAUGAAAUGACGAUGGUCAAUGAGAAGCGAUUCAUUUGCUCCCUGGAUUUGCUAUUGGAUAUCUUCACCAAAUGUUGUCAGGUUCCGGGUUGCAAUGAUAUUCCACAUGUAAAACAUCACUUUGUUGGUACUACCUUAAUUGUGAACUGUUCCUGCCAAUCUGGACAUAUAUUUAGGUUCUGUUCUUCUCGUGAGGUUAACUCCAUGUAUGUGAACAACAUCCAAAUGGCUGCAGCUGUGUUAUUGUCAGGUGGUAAUUAUGGAAAGGUGAAGCGUUUGGCUGCAGAUAUGAAUUUGGCUUUCAUAUCAGACUCAACCUACUUUCGAAUACAGAGACUGUAUCUUCUACCGGCAGUAGAUGAGUGGUGGGGUUGGAUGAGAGGUCAACUCAUAGAUGAAUUUCGAGGCAAGGAAGUACUAGUCAGUGGUGAUGGCCAGUGUAAUUCCCCUGGUUUCAAUGCAAAAAAUUUAUGCUACUUUAUAGUAGAAGUCAGUUCUGACUAUAUAAUCCAUGUUGAAAUUGUGGACAAGCGACAAGUUGGCUUAGUGUCAAAUAAUAUGGAAAAAGAAGGAUUGAAGAAAUCUUUGAAGAAACUUCAAGAAGAUUUAAAUGUGGUUGAGUUGGUCACAGAUGCCUCUUCUUCAAUUAAGAAACUGCUUGGUAGGUUUAACAUUUACUUUAAUUAAGUAAUUGUCCACAUGUGUGUUUAACUAAAGCCAUAUUCAUAGUAAAACACAUGGUGGUCAACUUUGCACAUAUUGCCUCUUUAUACGUUGUGGAAGCGAGCAAAUUUUGUUAAAUUUUCUGUAUUUGCGAUUAUAAACACAAGGUGAAUACAUAUAAUGGAUAAUGAACUCGAUCCAAUAAGUGUGUUUCCUUUUUGAAUUGAUCACCAAGUGCUCACAUGUCAGUGUCACAUGAUUGAAACCCAGCUAUAGGUGAUUAAUAUAGGCCAACAAAAGUCAAAUGUGCAAGCUAUGGGCGCUUUCCAUUUAAUGACCUGACCGGUCAGACCCAAAUUUUUGUCUCUGUAUCAAUGGAAGGAUCUGGUUUAUGAUUCUCAAAUAUGUGGCGAAAAUGUACCUCAUUCUUAUUCUAUCUACAUUUUCCAAUCAGAUAAGUCCGAAGCCCAAAUGUUUUGCGUUCCAUUAAAAAAUUUGACCAGUCUGGCUGUGUUAACGGAAAGUGCCCUAACAUCCAGGCCCGCCGAGAGGUUGGUGGGGGCCCGGGCCCCCAGAACAUGGGGGCCCGGGGCAAUUUGCCCCCCUCUCUAGGCAGCCCUGCUAACAUCCAAAUGUAAUUAUGUACAUAUAAAAGUAAUGCUAUCAUUUUAGAAACUGACUUUGAAGAAGUGAUACAUAGUUUGGAUGUGUGGCACAAGGCGAAAUCCAUAAAAAAGUGUCUUGACAAG